AUGCCGGAGUCGGUCGCGGAUCCGCCCACGUCCAGCAACGGGGACAGCGAUUCAUUCAAGACCGCGGACAGCGACACCUCAACGCUCAAUGGGUUGGAGGAGGAGCCGAAGGACAAAAAAUACUUGGAAAAUGGCAGAAUUCAAGACUUUUUGAAGGAAAGAUCCGAAAAUCCCAAGGAAAACGGACAAAAUGGAGUCAAACUCGAUGGUAUCCAAUCGGAAUCUCUAUCAAAUGGUGCGUCAUUGGAUGCAACAAACUCUCACCUCUCUAAUGGUACCAAAUUUUCGCAGUCAACUGAAUCUAAUCACAUCGAAAAUGGCCUUCAACAAAAUGGACAUCAAAACGGCAAGUCCAUCGAAAAAUCGACCUCAGAAUCGAAAAUCAACGGUGUCAACAGUGCGCAGAAGGCCUCAGAUGUUGAGAAGGGCUAUGAUUCUGACUGUAGAUCGAUUUCCGAGACAGUCAGGUCAGCUUCCAUCCCAGCGACACCAGCUGUUCCGAAAUCACCCAGCUUCCCGGAAUUACUACCCAGUAGGUUUUUAGGAGGUCGUUAAACAAAUUUGUGGUCUAUAAUGACCUUAGACGAGGCAGAAACAAUCGAGGUGAUAUUAGUUUUAGUUAGUUAGAGGUCUUCGAAUUUAUAUUUUUUUCAAGUCAUGUAAGUGACGUAAUAUGCCAAUACACGGUGUAUAUCGUAUUUUAAACCUAAAUUUUUGUGUUAGAUUCAAUUUUUUAACGGUGUUUGUCGUAUCAGUUCCAUAGGAAACUCUAAAUUUGAGAUUUUUUUAUAUUAUCCAUGGUAAAAAAUCUUUAAUUUGUUGUUCUCUUACUUUAUUUUUUGGUGGAUCUACCUUUCUGCCCUCUAAAAGCUGAAUACUCCCGAUUUGGACCAAAAAAAUUUAAUUUUACACCAAAAUUUAUGUUAUCCAUGACAAAAAUUUUUUAUUUUCCCUCAAAUUUUUGGAUACUUUUCCAGGCAUCCUCUCAAACCUGAGUCACAAGUUCGAUGGAGUGGAAUGUCAGCUAAAUCCAUGUCCAAAUCUGUCGGUUCCACCCUUUAAUUUAUCCUUCAGCACGAUUGGCACCAACCUCCAGCUAAUUCCCGACGAUCGGAACACAAAGAUCUCGGAGAAUGAUGGAAACUUGUUGGGGAUUUAUCAGGUAAGACUUUUGGGACGUUUUUUAUUUCCCUGCCAUUUGUUUUUUCUCCGAUAUUUUUUGGGUUUUAUGGGAUGAUCUUUAAAGAUCAACUCCCUCAUAAAAACGGGUGGAAUUCGAAACAACCGUAGGGGAAAUGGGGUCUAAAUCAAAGUAGACGCCCUGAAAAACAAUUUUACAUCAGAAAAUGGAACAAUAACAUUGUUUUUGACUAUAAAUUGAGGCUUUUAGCCGAAAAUGGACAUUAUUUUAGCUACUUUACCUUAUUUUUGAUGGCCGUAACCUGAAAGGAUAACAAAAAUAAUAAAUUUCAAUCUAAAAUGUCCUAUAAACCAUCCAAACAGACCAAAACAUCAACUUCCAUCACGAUUUUCCCAACUUUUCCUACUAGAGAAACUGUUGACAUGUCCUAAAAAGACGAGACAACUCUUCCUCUCUCUUCAAAAUUGGGACAAAAAGUUGCGCGCGACUUUUGCCAAAAACGAGAUGAAGCGCCGAAGCGAACGCCCCGCAUAGCGGAGAGGCAAAUGCUCGAGCAAUGGAAACAGAACGUUCCGGGUUCGACUUCGGUCCCCGUGUUCCGAAUCCCGUCUGAUGUUUCUGACCGGUAAACGGUAGAUUGAGACAACGGUGCGUAAAAAGAUUGCCGGCGGCUGAAAUAUGCCGAGUGUCAUGGGUAAGCCACGAAGAGCUUUCAUGAUUAAUUAAAAACCGCGAGGUUCUGUGUGCUCGUUCAUACAGUUUUGCAUUUUUGAGAUUUGCGAACACUUGCUACAGUGGCGGACCUGAUCAAGUGGGAAAAAAUGUACCAUUUUGCAUCCAGAAAGUAUCAAAAAUGCAGCAAAAUACUUCCCUCUCCAAGUGAAAAAAGACUCCAAUUUCAAAAACCCGCCCGCUGUUGGAAAUUCAACUCUAUUUCCUUAUUUUCAGGGCUACCGAGUGAUUUCCAACACCACCCCAGCUAACGGGAUGCGAAUUACUCUGCGGAACACGAAUAUUUCCAAUUCUUACAACUGGAAGCCCGCUCUGAAGGAAGUUAUGGCCAAAAAAUUCCAAGAACCUUGGGAACUGUUCUGCCUGGAAGUCGUGAAUGACAUCACUCAGGUCCAUUUGCUGAACCAUGGGACUCCCACUGGACGGCCAUUCAACGUGGUCCACAUUUGGCUCUUUUCCGUGGGGAAGAUUGUACAGGAUAAAGGGGCGAAAAAGGAUGAGAAAACGGAGGAAUUGGUCAAUGGAGAGGAGGAAAAGGUGGGUGGCUGUAACAAAACUAUUUUCAAUUUUAAUUUUUUGCAAUUUUUUUGGUUAUACAUUUUAAAAAAAAUCGAAAAAAUAACCAAAGACAGUGAUUUUGGGAAAUUCCAAAAAAUCCGUCAUCAUAACAGAUUUUUCUUGUCAUAUUUGAACGGCAAUCUUUACGAAGAUUAUUUUUAUACGCUUCAUGCAUGAAUUAUAAAUUUUUUCCCUUUCAUUAACACCAAUUUUUCGGUUUAAAAUUUGAAAUUCUAUAAAAUCCGUCAUGAUGACAGCUUUUGUUUUUUGGAAUUUUGCAAUUCUUAUACUUGUAAUGAAUGCCGUGAACUGUUGGAACACCAUAUAAAAAUUUUACAUUCGUCGGCGAUGUAAUUUGGACUUUAUGACCGUCAUCAUGACAGAUUUCAUGAAAUUUUAAUUUUUUAAAAAUUCUAAUUUUUACAUUCGUAUUUUAGAAGAAGAUCGUUCGAAAGGUAAAAUCGACCAAUCCCGACGGAACCCCUCGAAAACGGGUCGUGAAAAAGAAGGUCGUCAAGAAAGACCCCAAAGAAACAAAAGAAGCCUCGGAAGUUGUGCAAGAAGUCGCUGAAGAUCCGUCGUCGGUCAGCUAUGUGGUCAGAUUGGGCCAAAUCCCAGCGCAAGAUGGAGUUUCCAUGGCCGAAGAGAAGGAGAUUUCGCCAGAAACCGUCCCAAACCCCGAGAAGUCCGCGAUUUCCAAAGUAAUUUCCAAUUUUUCCAACAAAAAGUUCUCACCCGAUCUGCCAAUUGUCAAUGGAACGACUGAUUCGGCGACUGCAAAGCCGGAGACCACAAUUGAAGUAAGUUUUGGGGGUUUUGAUUCGAAAAAUUUAAAUUUCCCGCCAAUUUUGGCAUUCUGUUUUGAGGGUUGAAAAUCCAAAAUUCGGCCAUAAAAUUACCUCUUCUAAGCACUAGCCACCUAAAUUAACGUUUUUUUGGCUAAAAAUUUCAAAUUUCAAUUUUCCCUCCAUUUUUGGCAUUCUGUUUUAACCAUCACAGAUGACGUCAUAACCUUCCUUACGUCAAAAUAAUGGACAAAAAAUUGUUUUCGCAUUUCAAUCGACAAAAAAUGUUUGUUUCCUCGCGUGUUUUUAUAUUAUACUUGAUCACUUCGAAAUUUUUCAAAAAUUCCAAGGAUUCUUCAAAUUCCAAUCUUCAGAAGCCCACCCAUAAAGAGCCGGAGCCAGUCCUGACCACUCUGAACAACAUCCUGUCCACCGCUCGGCCUGACCAGUCCAGGGAAAUCGGAUAUCAAAACGGCGCCCGGCCACAACAGGUGACACGGGAGGACUGUCGGCCGAACGGACAUCACUUUGAAAGGGUGAGGAAGACAUUUUUUUUAAAGCUUGAGCUCCGGGUCGAUCGAGUCUUGAGUUUUCGGUUAGUGGGGAAAUUUUUAUGAGGGUUGAAGUGUUUUUCUUGGAAAGUGUUGAAUUUUUUUUAAGAGAAUUGCAAAAUUUUUGGGGAAAAUGUUUUAAAAUGACUGGAAAUUUUGCACAAGCUAAUAUUGCAGUGAUUUAUCGCGCGUAUUUUACCAAUCUCAUCUGAAAUUUUCUUUUUUUUACCAAAAAAAUCUCAAAAAUCAAAAUUUUUCAUAACUUUUGGCAUAACGUUUCAGGGGCCUCAAAAUUUUUUUUUAAUAUCCGAAAUAGCCUAGUGAUUAUUGCAUUAUGAUUUGCAACAUUCACUUUCCUCUUCAAUUGAAUUUUUGGGCGAUUUUUAUAUUAUCCAUGAUGACCAACGAUUUUUUGGACAAAAACGGCUAUUAUUGGCCAGGAGAUUAUUGAACGCUAUUGCAUAUAGAAGGACAAUGAUAGUUACCCUUUCUACAGUGAUUUUUUUACUUUUUUGGCCACCGUUUUUAUUAUGAAAUUGAAGAAAAACAAGAUUUUUUGACCUAAAUCAAGGAAAAAAUUGGAGAAAAACGCCUUUGUCAGAACAAAAAGCCCUAAUUUUUCUUUGUCAACAAAUAUUUCACUUCGAAUUGCCAGAAUCCAGCUUUUACAGUACCCUUUUGACCUGCAUUUGCUCUUUCAGAAGUGCUCCCUGGACCCGAUUUUGGAGGAGAGUCCCUUGGAAAGGACCGUCUCUCACAUCGAAAAGGUCCUCAACACCUCUUCCCUGAUCGACAAACUCCCCAAGGAUUGUCGACCGAUGCCGUCGACCACCACGUUUCCCCUCACUCGGCCCACCGUGAUGUCCCCGACCUUAUCCAUGGCCGAUCCCUUGUCCAGUGCGACCACGAUUACAAGUGAACUGUCCACCUUCAAAAACGGCAAUCGAUUUAGCGCGGACCCGGUGAGAAUGCAAUUUUUUGGCUAUGGGAGAUUUUUGAAAUUUCGAAAAUUUGGGUUUGCCCGAAAUUCCAGAAAAUCCGUCAUCCAUUGGCCAAAAUUUUGUGAAAGUAGCAGUAUUGUGGCCGUAAAAUUUUUUUGAGGCACUUCAAGCGACAGUAAGAACAAUUUGGAAUAUUAGUUGGUCAUAUUAAAUGAGUCAUUAAAGAUGUCAUCAUGACGGAUUUUCUGGAAUUUCUCAGUUUUUGGCCUUUAGGGCGUCUGAAAGUUUAAUUUUAGACUCUAGCGAUCUUUAGAGCAAAAUUUAAUCAUGAUUUGCAUCAAUAAAAAAUUUGUCAUGAUGACGGAUUUUCCGUAAUUUACCAAAAAAACUUCCAAUUUGAUUACAAAAAAAUAACAAUGAAGUUUAUGAGUUUUUUUGCUUUUCAGGAGUCGGAUCUAAGUGUAGCCGACGAUUUAUCGUUUACUUCGACUCUGACAAUGUCGGAAGCCCCUAAAAUCCGUGUCGAAAAAGCCAAAUCGACUUCAGUUGGGGAGAGCGAUGUGAAAGUCCGAGGAAUGGCGGAUGUCCCAGUUAUUGCAUUACAGUUGGUCCUAUCUACGUUGAGCUACAAGGAGGUAAGCGUUUCUUCGCUGUUUCGGCGAAUUUUAAUCGAAAAAAUCUAAAAAUUUAAAUUUCCCGCCAUUUUUGGCAUUGUGUUUUAAAGGUCGGAAAAUGCGAUUAGACAGUUUGAAACCGACAAAAUUGUUGUAAAAUACGAAUUUCGAAAUUCUUCCAGGUUUAAUUUUUUUUGGAGCCAUUUUCGUCGAUUUUUUAUAUUAUCCAUGUUGAACUCGACGUAAAAUUAUGAAUAAAAUUUUAGCUAUGUCAUCUCCGCCGAGUGCAUCCCCACUGGGACGAGCUAUGUGGCCAACUGUUGAAUUCCGGCUACUUUGAACUCAUCCACAAGGCAGAUAUUUUGAUGCAGGAAUGUCAGCGUCGAGUAACUAGUGAGCAGCGAUUCGCAAGGCCUUUGCAAGUCCUGACCAACCUCCAAGUCCACGUUCUCAACCCGGUAGACAUGCUGAGGGCAGCGAUGGACGAAGGUGAGAUCAAUUUUUUGGAUUUAUUCAAAUUUUAAAUUCAAAAAAAUCAAUAUUGACAUUUCGUCCGUUUUUCUCGAGGAAAUUUUUGCAAUUGGUAUUGCGAAAAUAAGUAGCACAACGUUUUUUCACGGAAUUCUGGUCGCGUCACGCCACGAAAACAAAUGUUUGGCGUACUGUUAAAUAAUGUUUUUGGCUUCUUCGAGAAAUUACAAAAAUUUUAAUUUAGCCCAGUAUUGAACAAAAUCUUGACAGAAAAAAGCUAUAGACCCUAUCAGUGAAUUUUUCUUGUUAUAGUAGGUCUGGUUUGUCUUUCAAAAACACCAUGUUUGAUGAGUUUGAUAAUUAAAAUAUCUCUAGUCGCGGAAUGCCACGGAUUUUGUCAUUUUGCGAAAAGCCCGGGCAACGAUUUCAAUCAUUAUAAUAGCAGGAAAGAUGGUUCAAUAAGUCGAGUUUCGAGCCAGAAAACGUUCUGAAACUUUGCAUGAUGAUUGAGAAUGAUGUUGUAGUGCUGAUCGCCCAUUUUUGUAGGAUUCGUGACUAAACGUCGCCCGCUAGGCGAUUGCAAAGUUCUCAAUUUUGGGAAGUUUGAAGUCGAAUAUCUCAAAGACUGAAUAACACAUACAAAUUUCUGAACCUCUAACAGAGAGAUAACUGUCUACUCUUUCCAAUUCACCAUUUAUCAAGUCGCUCAAUUUUGGAUGAUCGGGUGAAAAGAUCGUAUCUUUAAGACCACCUUUUUGGAGCGAAGUGUCACAAAAAUUCGAUCGAUAAUGGCGCAAUUAGAGCUCGACUUCCGCUUUUCUAGUUGUUUCUAAACGUUGUGUAGAGGAGAGCAACAUUACAUCACAACAAUUUUAGGAGUCCUUUGUUUUCCGUAUGGACAGAUUCUCGAUCAAUCCUUCAGCUUGUUGGACAAAAUCGAAGAAGUCAUGAACUUACCCGAAGAAGAUGGAGAUGUAAGUGAUUUUUAUAUUUGUUCUUGAAUUUUAGGUGAUAGAAAAGGUAGAACAACUAUUUUAACGGCUUGAAAAAGCAUUUGGCGGGCAUCUUUAAGAAGUUUUUUAUUGCACUUGACUCCUAAUGUAAAUUUUUAUGGACCUUAUUGAGUUUUGAUGGAAAUUAAAGAAGAAUCGUUUUAAAAGUUGCGCAAGGUUGUGGUAUUUGCGUUGUAUAAAGUUGCAACUUUUAGUUUUUCCAAAAACGAUCUUUUUUAUUGUACUUGACAUCAGGUGUCAAGUGUAAUAUAAUUUGGUGGAUAAGCAAGUUAAAACUGUUUUUAAAAGUCAGAAGCAGACGUAAACUAGCUAUUCACCGCCACUCCGAUGGAUUUACUUGGUUUUUCCACCUGUAUUUUCUAAAACGAGGUCCGGACCUAGUGCAAUAUAAUUUUUGCUUUUUUGGAGGUAGUUUCGCCGCAAAUUGGAGUCAAUUUGCUUUGUAAUAGACAAUAGAGGUCUAAAGGUCAAGCUUAGAUUAUUUUUCAAUGCCUUUAGCCUUAUAUUAUCCAUUAAAUUCUAAAAAAAAUUUUUUUUAAAUGUUGUUGUAGGCGAUUCCUUUGAACUGGGAGAAAACCUCGAUCCUCUCCAAGCGCGCCUCUCUUCAUUACCGGCGUUUCGUGGAGCCGGAAGUUGAGAAGCGAAUGAGUGAAGUCUGCAAACUCUCGGCGCAGCAGCGCCUCCAGCGUUUGGACAGUUUUCUGGUCGAAUCGACCGUCUCCAAACUCGAACAACGUCAGAUUGAGAGCCGCGACGAGUUGCAUUGGGAAAUGGAGCAGCUGAAGGAGCAAAACAAGACGAUAAAAAAGGACAACCGAGAGCUGAAACAGACGUGCGCCAAGUUGGAGGGGCGGAUCGAGGCGUUGGAGAGGAAGUUCAAGACCAUGGCCCGUCUUCUGCAGUCCUAA